GGAACUUUGUGGCCCGUGGUGGGUGAGGAGCCAACGCAGGGCAUUUGCUGGACACCCUGCCAGCAGCACUGGUGACAAGUGACUCUUGCAUGCAGGAGGUGGAGGAGAAGCUGGUGUGUGAGGCAGUCGUGGAGCCAGAGAUGAUAAAGAUAAUCAAGACAAAGGUCACCUGCAAGUUCAUUUCUCCCGCUCUGCAAAUAUCAUCCAAAGCAAUCACUUUCUGUGUGGAGAAGUACCCCGAUGAUGACCUGACUCUUCAGUACAAGCCUCUGUCUUUAAAAAACACCUGCUGCCUGCCAUUCCACCUUUUCCUGGACUUGGAGCAGCCAUUCCUAAUCUGUGAUGCAAACCAGCAGCCCCUCCCUGCAGAGGCCCAGCCUGUGAAGAUGGAGGCAGGGCAGGAACUUCAUCUCUACAUCAGCUUUAACCCAGCCUAUGAAAAGGAUCCAGUCAGCCGGGUAGCAGAGAAGACUAUGAAGAUCCGGCUUGUGGAACAUCCUUAUGAGGAAGAGAUCACCGUUCGGGGAGAGGUCUACUUCCCGAAUCUCCGUAUCCCGACCAAAGCAUUGAACUUUGGUUGCAUCCUGACAGGCACAGAGCAAGUGCGUUACCUGGAGAUGACCAACUGCGGCCCAAUCCCUGCCCACUACCGCUGGUCAUUCCAGGUGGACAAGAGAGAGUACCCAACAGG